UCUGUAGUAAUCGUGACAUGCCAAUUAUUACAUCUUUUAUAUUUUUAUUUAAACACACAAAAAUUACGUAAGUUCAAAAAAAAAAUUUAAAACUUUUUUUCUUUCUUCCUUCCCCUGUAAUGGCGCUUCCACACAUACUCUCUUCACCACCGUCUUCAACUUCGUUAUCUCCGUCUUUCAAACCAAAGCCGCCUCUCUCACCGGCCUUUGCUAGUAAUCUCCGACGGUGUAAGCUCACCUCCUUCCGAUGUUCGUCGUCCUCUUUCUCCGAGAAGCAUCACAACGCGAACCCUCCAAAACCCGAUGACAUCGUCGAGCUUCCUCUCUUCCCUCUCCCUCUCGUUCUCUUCCCCGGCGCAAUCCUCCCUCUCCAGAUCUUCGAGUUCCGUUACCGCAUCAUGAUGCACACUCUCCUCGAGUCCGACCUCCGCUUCGGCGUCGUUUACUCAGACGCCGUCUCCGGCUCCGCCGCAGAGGUCGGAUGCGUCGGGGAGGUAGUCAAGCACGAGAGGCUAGUCGACGACAGGUUCUUUUUGAUAUGCAAAGGACAAGAGAGGUUUCGUGUCGCGAAUCUUGUCCGAACGAAACCUUACCUCGUCGGGGAGGUGACGUGGCUGGAGGACCGUCCUUCCGGGGAAGAGAAUCUUGACGCGUUGGCGAGUGAGGUGGAGGUUUUGAUGAAGGAAGUGAUUAGAUUGUCGAACAGGUUGAAUGGGAAGGCGGAGAAGGAAGUUCAGGAUCUGAGGAGGAAUCAGUUUCCGACACCGUUCUCGUUCUUUGUCGGAAGCACGUUCGAAGGAGCGCCUAGAGAGCAGCAAGCGUUGCUGGAGCUGGAGGAUACGGCGGCGAGGUUGAAGAGGGAAAGAGAGACGUUGAGGAAUACACUCAAUUACUUGACUGCUGCUUCUGCUGUCAAAGAUGUCUUCCCUUCGUCCUCUUAGUGAGUAAUGAUAAUGAUGGUGAUAUCCACUGGUAGUACAUAUUAUGCGUUUGAUAUAUAUCUUUCCGCCUUGUCAGUAAUUGAAUAUACAAAACUUUAUGAAAAAAUCUGAGUUAACUGCUUGAGCUAUGGAUUGACUCAGUGGUUUUGUGGAGCCACUGGGUCAAUGUUAGGGGAUAGAUUGGCGUCAGUUGCGUGUUCUGGUUCCGGUUUGGAUAACCGGUAUUAUGUCUAUGCCAUAAGAGUAUUUUCUGAUC